AUGAAGUGGUUUCUGCUCCUGAGUCUGGUGGCGCUUUCUCAGUGCCGGGUGACAAAGGUCUCCCUGAAGAAAGGGAAAUCCCUGAGGCAGAAUCUCAAGGAACAUGGCUUGCUGGAGGAUUUCCUGAGGAAAUACCCUUACAACGUGGCCUCCAAGUAUUUCCCCAGCCUGGCCAACGAGGCUUCCAGCGAGCCCCUAACAAACUACAUGGACAUCGAGUACUUUGGAACCAUUUCCAUCGGCACCCCAGCCCAGGAUUUCUCUGUCCUCUUUGACACUGGCUCCUCCAAUCUCUGGGUGCCCUCCGUGUACUGCUCCAGCCCAGCCUGCA